UAAAAACUGUGAAGAACAACAAAAACACAGUAACGCGGAGACAGAGAGAGAACCAACCAAACCAAACCAACACAACACUCUCUCUUGGUUGGUUCACCCUUUGCCUUCGUUCUUGUUCUUGUGUUCUUCAUCAGAAUCAGAAUCAAUGAGUGCACAAGGACAACCACCACCACCACAGCUACAAGCUCAGGUGAUUGAUGAGACGGUGCUGGAUGACAUUAUCCGGCGACUCACGGAGGUCCGAUUAUCUCGACCUGGAAAGCAAGUUCAGUUAUCUGAAGCUGAGAUCAAGCAGCUUUGUUCUGCUUCUAGAGAUAUCUUUCUUCAACAACCUAAUUUGCUUGAACUUGAAGCUCCUAUUAAGAUUUGUGGUGACAUUCACGGGCAGUACAGUGAUUUGUUAAGACUCUUUGAGUAUGGGGGUUUGCCCCCUCAAUCUAAUUAUCUCUUUUUAGGGGACUAUGUCGAUCGUGGGAAGCAGAGCUUAGAAACCAUAUGUCUUUUGCUUGCUUAUAAAAUCAAAUAUCCUGAAAACUUUUUCCUUUUGAGGGGAAAUCACGAGUGUGCUUCCAUUAAUAGGAUAUAUGGCUUUUAUGAUGAAUGCAAGCGAAGGUUUAAUGUGAGGCUUUGGAAAGCCUUUACAGAAUCUUUUAACUGCCUUCCUGUGGCAGCUCUUAUAGAUGAGAAAAUAUUGUGCAUGCAUGGUGGUCUUUCCCCUGACCUCACAAAUUUGGACCAAAUCCGGAAUCUGCCUCGUCCAGUUCCUAUUCCCGACACUGGUUUGCUCUGUGAUUUGCUUUGGUCUGAUCCUGGUAAAGAUGUGAAGGGUUGGGGCAUGAACGAUAGAGGAGUGUCCUACACUUUUGGCCCCGAUAAGGUGGCUGAAUUUUUGACAAGGCAUGACUUGGACCUUAUUUGUCGUGCUCAUCAGGUUGUAGAGGAUGGGUAUGAAUUUUUUGCAGACAGACAACUUGUUACAAUAUUUUCAGCUCCAAACUACUGUGGUGAAUUUGACAAUGCUGGUGCAAUGAUGAGUGUGGACGAGAACUUAAUGUGCUCCUUCCAGAUUCUUAAGCCUGCAGAGAAGAAAACAAAGUUCGUGAUGUCAAACAAGAUGUGAUGUUUGCUACAUCAGCAUUCCUUAAUUAACUAAGAUAUAUUCGUCAGGUUAAAUUAAAAUCUGCAGACGUAGAUCGCAUGGUCAAUUAUAUCGAUUCUGAGGUGGUCAAUCAAAUUGAACCCUAAAUCCAUCCAGUGAGACAUUGGGGCAUAAUAUAAUGAUUCUAGAAUGUUAAAACACCAGUGAUUGACCAUAAAAGUGAAGGUUUUUUAUUUACCUUUUUUCCGUUUUUUUUAUUUUUUUCCCUUCUUCUCCCUUAUUCUACAUCACGAUAUGUACAUAUAUGUGUUGUAGAUGACUAUGAGAUUGACCUACUUUGUUCUCAAAGAUGGUCUAGUUAUCUGACUAUUAGUGAUAGGUAAGUUUGUGUUGUGAUGAUUAUCACCCAAUUUUAUUUAGAUAAAAUGCCAUUGGUGGAUUACAUGGUUCUGUAUCCGUCUAAAUUUUAUUUGUCACCUUAUCAGGAAA